AUGCCACUUCCAGAGCCAUUGAACAUUAAAGCUUGGGUAGAGGAAAAUGAGCACUUACUCAAGCCUCCUGUCAAUAAUUUUUGCUUACAUCGUGGAGGAUUCACAGUGAUGAUAGUGGGAGGACCUAAUGAGAGAAGUGAUUACCAUAUCAACCAGACGCCAGAAUAUUUCUACCAAUAUAAAGGAACAAUGUGUUUAAAAGUUGUCGAUGAAGGCAAAUUUAGAGACAUUUAUAUCCGUGAAGGUGACACAUUUUUAUUACCGCCAAAUGUUCCUCACAAUCCAUGCAGAUUUGAAAACACCGUGGGAAUUGUUGUUGAGCAAGAUCGACCUAAAGGUGUUAAUGACCGAAUAAGGUGGUACUGCGCCCGAUGCGAGAGUAUUGUAUGUGAAGAAGAGUUUUACCUCACGGAUUUAGGUACACAAAUUAAAGACGCCAUUGUUGCGUUUGACUCAAAUAUCGAGGCCAAGACAUGCAAAAAUUGCGGACAUGUCAAUUCUUCUAAAAGGGAACCAGCAGAAUUCUAA